AUGGUGGCACUAUCGACGCUAGUGUGGGCGGCACUAGCUGCGGCGUCCAAGCUACAUGAGGCAGUGGACACUCUAAGUGAGCUUCCUCAAGUGCCUGGAGCACCUAUUGUAUCCAAUGUGUUCCACUCCAUAGCCAUACCAGUGUGGAAUUCUACUUCCUACCACCCAGGUCCUGUUCGAGAUUAUGAGCGGUCUAAGGUGGCACGAACUGUGGAAAUAGACGUGAUCCCUGUUUUGGACACCACCAAUACUCCAGAACUGUGGCGAAUGCUUGGUGAUAUCUACAUGUUUGGCAAUUAUAGCAUUACUCCCAAUGUGACCAAAGCUGAACAAUUAUAUCGUCGGAUUGCCAACGACGAGUCCAGUACCGACACCAACAGAGGUCACGCCUACUUCAUGUUGGGAUUCAUUUAUGGACUGGAUCUUUUUCCCGAAUUCCCAGCUGAUAAAGCUCGGUCUCACCUCUACUACCAGCAGGCGGUGGACUUGGAUAAUGUCGACGCCUUGUUGGUGAUGGCUAAUCAACUCAAGAAGCUGAAGAAGACGUGCCAGCAGGCCCUCAUGUACUAUAACAAGCUCGCCGAAUACGGGAUGGACUGGCUCGAGAAAAACCCUCGACCCGUGACAGUGGAUGGCGAGGUGCUGUACAACAUUCGUAUUCCCGACUUUAAUGGCGGAAUCUACGGUGAUGACAUCAGUGAGACUCUGAUUCUGGUUUACCUGCCGCGUGAAAAUCAUAUGAUUUAUCGAAACCAGAUUAGCGAGUACAAUUUGGAAUUGGAGGACCAUGCUUACUUUUAUUACUACUAUGAGGCCGCCGACUACCUUCUGGGUGAUUAUUUGGUUGCGAAAAAUGUUACAAAGGCUCGUGAAGUGUUGCAACAAUGCGUUAACCAAGGGGAGGACGAAUAUGCUCCCGAGUAUAAUAUUCACUCCCAAACGGAUCGCUACUACUUGGGUAUGUGCCAGGCAAAGCUUUCAGCUUUAAUGAUGACCGAUGAAAACCCUGAUAUGGUGAAAGUGAAUGAGUACUUGAAUCGGGCAGCUAAACUAGCCCCUAAAUCGCGAAUGGUGUACAAUCUUUUGGGUCAGAUGUUGGUAAAGCAAGGAGAGUAUGGCGAUGCAGUCAGAGCGUACAAACGUGCUAUUGAUCGAGGCUCGAUUGAAGCUAUGACCCGUCUUGCUGAGUUGAUGUCGAAAACUGCUCCUAAUGGUGAUCCUGCGAAAGCUAAGGAUGCGGAACGCUUGUACCAAUUAAUGAACUGGCUGGCAUUUAAUGGGAGUACGAAGGGGCUCUAUCAUUAUUUGGACUACGUCCAACUGGGAUUUGCAGCGCAAGUUGACCCUGCAUUGAUGGUACCUCGUUGCCAGCUGCUUACUUAUUAUUACCUGGUGCUUGUGGACCGAAUGCUGCUGUUCUUUUAUCCGCUGUUGAGACCAGCCUUCGAGCAUUACAUUCGGGGAAACUUCCAACAGGCGUUGAUCCUUUAUGCAAUUGCAGCUGAACAAGGGCUGUCGCCUGCCCAAGUGAGUGUUGCUCAUUUACUCUACCAACGACCCACGAUGGCACAACGUCGGUGGGACAACGUACCACAAUACGAUUGUCAUCGGGUUCUGCUUGCCCUUGAAUACCUCAAGCGGGCAUCUUUGGCUGAUAGUGACACAAUGGUGCUUCUUGGUGAUAUAUAUCAUGAUGGUGUUCCUGGUUGUAUUGAGCCCGACAUGAGUAAAGCGUAUCACUACUAUCAUAAGCUGCUGUAUCAUCACCGGCUGCAACAAGGGUCGUUCAAAUUGGGUCGAAUGUAUGAGUACGCAGAGGCACCCGGCUGCAACGGCACCGCUGACUAUUACAUGGCCAAUCGCUUGUAUGAACAGAGUCGUGAUCUGAUGGACCUUGAGGAUGAACUUGACGAAGCCUAUAACCGGCCGUAUCACCGUCGUAACCGGAUCCCGAUUCUGUGGGCGCUUUUGCGGUUGCGUUUCAAGCUUUUCUUCAGCAUCGGUGAUCGUCGGCGGGAGCCUCGCUCUCGAGCUGGAUGGCUUGAUCGCAUAAAGCGUCUUGGACGUCGUCGUCACUCUCAACCCGCCUCGACCAACGACAACCUCGAUGCUUCGGCGCCCACAACCGCGUCAAAUAUUGAUCACCAGAGCCACCCGUACGAUAGCGGUGAUUACAUUGUGAUCUUCAUCACGUUGGCGUUUUUCUUUGCCGUAUUCAUUCAGAACAUGAUCCGCCAGGUGCGGCGGGCAAGAAACCCAGGUAUCAAUGUUGACAAUGUUCCUGUUGAAAACAUUGACGAAAAUGAUGAGAAUCAAAACCGCGACGGCUGGGACUUCAAUGGUCCUGGUAUUCGCUUCCGCCGCCAGAAUUUCGAGUUUCAAUUUUUCGCCAUAUGA